AUGGUGGUGUGGCUGCUGUGGGCUCUGAGGCCGGUGUGCACGGUGCUGGGAGCCAGGCUGGGAGCGGCGAGAGGCGAGACCCAGCACUCCGCCAGCAGCCACUACAGCAAGGAUGCGGAGUGCAAAGUGAAGACGGUGUCGGUGUCGGCUCUGCCGUUUCUCCGGGAGAACGACCUGAGCAUCCACGCCCCGCUCUCGGCGGAGCCCAAGCUCCUGUUCUCGGUCAGGAACGAUUUUCCAGGCGAGAUCGUGGUGGUGGACGACCUGGAGAACACGGAGCUGCCUUACUUUGUCUUAGAAAUAUCUGGCUAUGCAGAGGAGAUUCCCAAUGUUCGCUGGAGGCAGCAAUGGCUGGAGAACGGGACCUUACUCUUCCAUGUUCAUCACCAGAACUCCGCUCAUCGCCUCCCCGGUCUCAUCCCCACCGUCUACUCUCAGAAUGACUCCGCAGAGGAAGAGCUCAGAAUCCUUCACAUCUCGGUGAUGGGAGGAAUGAUUGCCCUGCUGCUGGCCAUCCUGUUCCUGGUCACGGUCCUGUACACACGCAGGCGUUGGUGCAAGCGGCGCCGUGUGCCGCAGCCCCAGAAGAGCGCGAGUGCGGAGGCAGCCAAUGAGAUCCACUACAUCCCCUCGGUGCUGAUGGCCGGCCAGACCCGCGAGAGCCUGCGCAACAGCAGACUGCAGGGUCACAACUCCAGCGGCUCCAUCAGCAUCCGCGAGACGCCCAUCCUGGACGGCUACGAGUACGACAUCGACGACCUGAGGCAGCAGUUGCAGCGAGAGUGUAUGAAUGGUGGAGAGGACUUCGGCAGCCAGGUCACACGCACCCUGGAUUCCCUUCAAGGCCACGACGAGAAAAGCUGCUUGGACCUCACGCCAGGAAGUGACACCACCAAGCUUUCGCUCAUGAACAAGUACAAGGAGAACUUCCUGGCCACCAGUCCCGUGGACAUCAGCCACCAGCAGACAGCCCUGCUCCCUCACAGCGCGACUGGUGGUCAACGAAAACGCUUCACCAGUAAAUCCAGAGCUGGCUCUGCCUUCCUGAAUCCAGAGGGCGAUUCCGGGACCGAAGCGGACAAUGAGCCCCAGCUGACCUUUUACACUGACCCAUCCCGCAGCAGACGCCGGAGCAGAGGUUCUCCUCGAAGCCCCAUCAAUAAAACCACCCUGACCCUGAUAAGCGUGAUCGGCUGUGUAAUUGGACUGGUCUACGGCUCCCACCUGACCUGCCCCUUGACUGUGAAAGUUGUUCUGCACGUUCCGGAGAACCUGGUGGCAGACGGCAGUAGAUUUAUCCUGCUGUAUGGGAGCCAGUUGGUUGCCAGAGAUUGGCUGAAUCCGGCCCAGGUGAUGCUGUACCACCAACAGAACAGCAGUGGCCCCUGGGUGAUGGAGCUGUGUGGGCGGCGUCUGAUCAACCCUUGUGAACACGAGUGUGAUAUGGACACGGGUGAGUGCAGCUGCCAGGAGAGAUACACGCAAGAUCCAGUUCACAAGCAUCUCUGCAUCAGGAACGACUGGGGGACAAACCAGGGACCAUGGCCAUACACAGUGUUUCAGCGUGGCUUUGACCUGGUGAUGGGAGAACAGCCAUCAGACAAGAUCUUUAGGUUCACCUACACUCUGGGGGAAGGAAUGUGGCUGCCGCUCAGUAAAAGCUUUGUCAUUCCCCCGGCGGAACUUGCCAUUAAUCCAUCGGCAAAGUGCAAGACAGACAUGACGGUGAUGGAAGAUGCAGUUGAGAUCAGGGAGGAAGCGAUGAUCUCCGCCUCCUUCGACAGUCUGGAGGUUCUGCUCGACUCCUUUGGCCCGGUCCGAGAUUGCACCAAGGACAACGGAGGCUGCAGCCGGAACUUCCGCUGCAUCUCUGAUCGCAAGCUGGACUCCAAUGGUUGUGUGUGCCCUGUGGGACUGAGCCCAAUGAAGGAUGGCUCUGGCUGUUACGAUAGACACAUCGGCAUUGACUGCUCGGAUGGAAUGAAUGGCGGCUGCGAGCAACUGUGCCUCCAGCAGACAGUGCCUUUGGCAGACAACCCGUCUCUCUAUAACAUCGUGAUGUUCUGUGGGUGUAUCGAGGACUAUAAGCUUGCCCCAGACGGGCGCAUGUGCCAGUUGGUUUCCGAAUCCUGCAGCAACGACCUGGAUUGUGUCGAUGUUAAUAUUCCGCUGAACCAAAUUUUCAGAGACGUCUUCUACGGCUACUACAAUCAGACGAAGGAGUCCGCUCCUGGCCAGGUGUUCAUGGGCACCUUCAGACUGAAGAAUUUUGUGAGCGGUUUCCCACAGCAGCUGCCCGAUGGAUUGCUUGUCUCAGAACUGCCCAGCGACAACCAGUGUCGUGAGCAUCUGUCCGAGCCCUUCCCGGAUCCCGACUAUCUCUCAGGAAUGGUUAACUUCAGUGAGGUGACAGGCUAUCCCAUUGUACAGCACUGGAAGCUCAAAUCCACCCAAUACCACGUCAAACUCAAGCAGAGAACACUAUCUCCAGCCUUCAGCCAUGCUAUCCGCUCGUUGGAAGGAGCCACUUUGAGGAGUGACUUCUCGUCAGUGCUGGAGGAGUUUGGCAAUCAUUACAUUCAGGAGGCAAUGUACGGGUUUGAGGAGUCUUGCACCAUCUGGUUCCCAAAUCGUUCAGUGCAGAGACAGCUGUGGAUGGAAUACCAAGACAUCAGUAAAGGCAAUUCACCGUCUGAUGAAUCAGAGGAACGUGAGAAAGAUCCCAAAUCGUUGACCUUUCCAGCCUACAUUGCCAGCCUGCUGGACUCUGGCGAUGAGCUCCUGGCAUCUGGAGUCAGAAUGUAUUGUGGGCACAGGGGAACUUGCCCUUCCUGGUGCCACAUGUGCCAUGCAACACAGAGCCAGGAGAAAGAAGACCCCGUUCUACUGGAAGUCACAAAGACUGCUCCAUUGUACGAACUAUUCACAGACAACGAAACACAAAAGGCCGUCCAAGAAACUAUGCUGAGCUUGCUUUGGUGCACUGGAGGUGGUGACGUUAUUGACGACUGGUGCCGAUGUGAUUCUACAACGUUCAGCACUGAUGGGCUCCCAAACUGCGCUCCUCUCCCACAGCCUGUGUUGAGACUGUCGCCUUCCCACGAGCCGAGCAGCACCUUGGUGGUUUUGGAAUGGGACCACAGCGAGCCUCCGAUAGGCGUGAAGGUCGUUGACUACCUGAUCAGUUUGGAAAGAGUCACCAUCACGGAUCACACAGAGAUGUCCAAGGUUGAGACAGGAGUUCAGCUUGCAAGAUGGUGUCACUAUGGCAACAGCAUACUAAUAAUAUACCAUAAAACCUGUUUUACACCCACUCUACACAUGACGCAAAUCCCCCUCCCCCGCCUCCAUUUUACGGUCACAGCGAUCUCUUUUGGCAUGGACAUUGGAGAGAAGAUGGUGAUGAAUGGACCAAGGAAUCUCAAAGGCCCCAGUGGCCAACUUUUUGUCACUGUCCAUGAGCCCAUUAUUGGGUAA